UCUAAACAGCCGAAGUAUAAAUUUAAUGUGCUAGAGUUAACUCGCACCACAUAACUUCGUUAGCGGAAAUCUAAUACUGUUUCAAUUUAGUGACAUACAUCAGUGUAAAUUAGUCUUAAGUAGGAAGUGUACAAAUAUAUUGUAAAGAUAGAUGUUAAGUUCAAUUUUCUAAGAUUCUUGUUCAAGUGUCUGGUUCCAUAGUGCACUGCUGACCAAUAAUGUCUCCCAAUAAAACUAAGAAGGGGGCAGCUGGUGCCUGUGAACCACAUGCAGGAAUUGAUGCUGAUACACCAAUGCCAAGUAGAUCCAAGAAACGGCGAGUCAGUACUGAUGAUGAUGACGAUGAUGUUGGGCCAUCCAAAAAAAGUCAUCACACCUGCAUGUACCAGUAAGUUGGGAUUCAAUGGUCUACGCAGUCCUGGCUCGAUCCAGAGUCACAACAAACCUGCAGAACUAUUUCGCAAGGAUCUGAUAAGUGCCAUGAAGCUGGCUGACUCUGAAACGCUGCCGCAGGACAGUUACAUCCUCAUCUCGGACCCGUGGAAACAAGAGUGGGAGAAGGGAGUACAAGUCCCUGUGAAUCAGUCGGAAAUACCCAAUGUUGUCAUCAAAAAACAACUUGAUAAGCCUACUUAUGGUGAUUUCAAGCUCAAAAACCCCAAAAAGAUGCUCCAUGCUUUUCAAGAUGAAGUAUAUCGCCAGGGUAUUCACGAGUUGACGGGAAUGCACCAGCUGGCGGAACAAGUUGUUCGAUACGAUCUAGAUGAUUUGGAUGUUUGCUGGUUACAGCGGGCAAAUGAGGAUCGCGAGGAGAUAGGUCAGACCCUGAUUCAUGAGUGGAUCUUGGAGAGGAUCAUUGAGGCUUUUGAGAAUCAGUGUCAUGAAAGUAUGCACAACAUGAUAAAAACAGAGGAAGGUCUUGGUAUUGAAUACGAUGAGAAUAUUGUGUGUGAAGUAUGCAAAUCACCUGACAGUGAAGACUCAAAUGAAAUGGUGUUCUGUGAUGGCUGUGAUAUUUGCGUACAUCAGGCUUGUUAUGGGAUUCAGAGUAUUCCAGAAGGCAACUGGUUGUGUCGGACAUGUGCUCUGGGUUUCAAACCUCGCUGUAUUCUCUGUCCAAAAAGUGGAGGUGCCAUGAAAAGCACAAAGAGUGGAACCAAGUGGGCCCAUGUGAGUUGUGCUCUUUGGAUACCAGAAGUGAGCAUUGGGUGUGCAGAGAAAAUGGAGCCUAUAACAAAAAUAUCAAUGAUUCCUGCUAGUCGAUGGGCACUGAUCUGCUGUUUGUGCAAGGAGAGAUACGGAGCGUGCAUUCAGUGCUCUGUGAAGACCUGCAAGACGUCAUUUCACGUGACCUGCGGCUUCCAGAACAACCUCAGCAUGAAGACCAUACUCGAUGACUCGGAGGAGCCCGAUGGGGUUAAGCUAAAAGCAUUCUGCCCCAAGCAUACUAGGAAACAGGACAAUUCACAGUCCGAUUCGGACAGCGAUUCACCCAGAAAGGAAGGUCUGGGAACACCACGCAAAGAUAUGACUAAAGAAGAGUUAGCCAAUCUACGAGCGAAAAAGAUAAAAGAACUGGAGGCUGAAUUCUAUACAAUAGUGGAUGUUGCGAAGGUGUCUGAGGCGCUGGGUGUUGAAGAAGAGGUGGUGGAACUUGUUCUCUUCUACUGGAAGCUGAAACGGAAGGCUAACUUCGACAAGCCGCUGCUGAUGCCAAAGACCGAGGAAGCAGACUUGUUGGAAAGGCAGCAAGAGGACAGCUUGUUGGCCCGGAUGAAGAUGUUCGUCCACCUUCGCCAGGAUCUUGAGCGGGUUCGGAACCUGUGCUAUAUGAUCAGUCGUCGUGAAAAACUGAAGCGUCAGUACUACAAGUCCCGGGAGCAUGCCUUCAAGGCAGCGGUGCACGUACUGACAAACGACAGUCUCAAGUUGACGGCCAGAGAAUGUGAGAAGAUUGCCGACCGCUACAACACGAACAGCUUGUAUGAGGGCUACGGCCAGCAGGAUCCACCCGUUCUGAAGCCCAUGCGGCCGCUCAAGCUGUCCGACAUCAAACGGAACUUGAGUCGGUGCAAAUCCCAGUACACAUCUGACUCGGAAAGCCAGCACAGCGACACGGCGUAUGUUCCUGGCCGGUGCAUCCGUUCCAUGUCCAAGAGUAGCUGUGGGUCGAGAUCUGCCAAAGACGAAAUUCCCGUUCUCGAGCCGGAGGUUCCGUUGAAAACCGACUUUCAGACGGAGGACGUCGAUGUCACGGGUCUGGGACCUAGUGGUGACGAGGUUCCCGAGAUGGAUAAUCGAGUCGAGAUGGGGAGGCCCAGGAGGAGAAGGCGGAGAAUCGGAGAUAAGAGUAGCGAAUCGUCCGAGUGUGAGGUGUCCGAUCAGAGUCGGACAUCCGACAGUAAGAUACCGACACCGGAAAGGACGGAUGUGGUAGUGAAGUCUGAAGGUAGUGACAGUGGUGUGAAACAUAAUAAAGUCUCGACAAAAUCCGCGAUUCAGAAAUCAACUCUGAGCUUUGAAAAGGAAGUAAUUGUGAAAUAUCAACCCGAAAGUGCUGUGGUGAAAAGCGAACCUGAAAGUGCUAGUGAAAGUGCUCCUGCUGAAGAAAUAUUUGGUACACCUUCUAAAGGAACGAGUGAUAAUCCAUAUAAAGCAACGAGUGGUACUCCUAAGGGAAUGAGUGGUACUCCUUGUAAGGGAAUGAGUGAUACUCCUUCUAAGGGAAUGAGUGGUACUCCUAAGGGAGCAGAUGGUAUUCCUUGUGAGGAAGUAAGUGAUACUCCUAAAGAAAUGAUCGAUACUUCUAAAUGUGCAAGUUCUAUAGAAACUAGUUCUCCUAUAGAAACUAGUUCUCCAAAAGAAACUAGUUCUCCAUUAAAAAAAUCGGACCGAGGAAAGCAUAGGAAAAGGCGGAAACAUAAAGAACUAGUUCACCGAGAGCAUAGAAAUUUACGCAGAUCCCAUAAGGAUAAAAACAGAAAUGAAAACCACCCAAUGGAGUCAAGAUCUGUUCCCAGUAUUACACCUGUGGUUCGUAGUCCAAGGCACAGUAUUAGCAACGUGCAAAAAGACAAGACGAUAGCAAACCCUGGAACACCAAACUCUGCUUCUCCUGACAAACAGGCCAGCAAGGAACGUCGGUCGAGUCGGCAGGCCUUGCCGUCUAAAAGUGAGGGGAAAGUGAAAAUUGAGCGGAGUCGGUCUGUCCAGUCGAACAGCUUGAGUUCCAUGUACAUUGUGGAAAAUGCAAUAAAACAGAGAGUACAGAAUAAACUGUUGAAGUCCAGAAAGUCCCGUUUUCUAAAUGGCCUGCACGACGGGUCACUGAGGAAGAUAGACAGUUUCUUCCAGCUACGUAGUCAGAAAAAUGGUUCACCGGUACGAUCGAGCCCGUCUGGUGAUCAGUCUGGACGCAUUCUCAACGAGAUCCCGUCCGGUAUAGGAAAGAGUGCGUUUGAACAGAACAAGUUGUUUGGUGAGCAGUGUUUAUCAAAAGAAAACAACGGCUUCAGUACACCCCAAAAGACUGCCAGUGGUCAGAGAACACCGCAGUCGGGCAGGCAGACAGCGGGAGACAUGCUGAAAGACUUGAAAGCCAUCAUCUUGGAAGAAGGCAUCGGGUCGCCGGAGACAAGGAGCGUGAGGCGCAGGAUCGAAGCUGUGUUCGACAUCGAUGUCAAGAAGAACAUAUUCACCGAGGCGGGACUGGACGAAAUGUCGUCAAAGUUCUGCGACGAUGAAUUCAAAAAUGUCGAACUUGUCACGGACAGCCGCGGUUACCGAUCUCAGUCGCCCCUCUCCUCCGAGACCGACGGGUCCACCGCGUCUCACCGGUCAAGGGAGAGCACUCCCCGGAUAGUAACGAGGAGUCACUGUGUAGAUACAGACGAAAACUCUUUGGACAGCGUACAUUCUUUACGUAAUACGACUAAGUUACACUUGCGUGACGGUUGGUUAAGAGCCUCUCACUUCAAAUCAUGACACAUGGUUUAGCUGCAGUCACUUUUAAAACAGAUUUUGUUUGCAUUCAGACUAGUUUAGUCAGUUAUGGUAAUUAAAAUACCACCUUAUUUACCAUAUUGUUUAUGGUUAUGUGAAAUAAACGACCUAUGCCUUUUAAAGUUUUAAAACUUGUAAAAAAAAACCCCCAUUUAUAUGUAAAACAGUUGGUACUUGCAUAUAAUUGGAAGAAUUAAAUAAUACCAGAAUUUAGGCUUACCCAGCCUUGUUUUAGUUUACAUCAAAAUAAAUAUAACAUGAGUACCUUAAAGAAAUAGGUCAUUUGUGUUUAAAAUUUCAGAUAUGUAUCCAAAAAAGAAAGAAAAAAUCUUUAAAAAAGUAAAAAUGCACAUUUUGUUCUAAAAGUGCCUGCAUCAAACCAUUUCUGUUAUAUUCUCAGUAUAUUGAACCAUUUCACAUUAUUUUGUAUGUACACAAUCAUUACAGGUGAUUCUUUUUAACAUACAGUUCGUAGUCUAAACAAACAUUCUAGUAAAUGUUUUAAUAAAAAAUACCAUUACA